UUGAGCAUCAUCAUGGUGGAGCAGGGCAAACAAGACGACUUCCAUCCGGCGCCGGUUUGGCUGGAUGAACCUUAUUUGGAACGCCUGCUCAAGGAUCUGAAGAAGGAUCCGGAUCUCAGGAUCACCGAUCUGGAAAUAAAGCCCGCCACUGCCAAGGGUGACAAUUAUGCCAGUGUUAUGACCCGCGUAAAGGUUUUGUAUUUGAAGAGUGGCGCCAAGACCCCCGAGAUCGAGUACUAUAUUGUGAAGACCACGUAUGAGAAUGAUGCCUUUGCCUCGGGCAUAUUCUCGGAGUACCAGGUCAGCACUACGGAAAUGCGUAUGUACGACAAGAUCUUGCCCCAGUUGACUUCUUUGAUUGGUAAGACCCGUCAGCCAGAGAAACUCUUUGCUAAGACUAUUUAUGUGGACUAUGAACACGAGGCCAUCAUCUUUGAGGAUCUGGCUGUGGCCAAAUAUAUCCUGGCCGAUAGACUUAUCGGUUUCGACCUGGAGCACACACGUUUGGGCCUGCGAAAGUUGGCCAAAAUGCAUGCUGCAGCGGCUGUCUUAAAUGAACGUCAACCGGGAGUGUUGACCCAAUUCGAUCAUGGCAUUUUUAAUCGUCAUACCCAGGGUUUUGCGCCCGUCUUUGUUAAUUUGGUGGGCGUGGCUGCUGAUUUUGCCAACGAGUGUCCCGAACUGGGUGAGCACUAUGCUAAGAAAUUGAAGGAGCUGCAAAAGCGAGUGAUGGAGUACUCCACAAGGGUCUACGAUCCUCAGCCGGGAGAAUUUAACACCUUGGUGCACGGUGAUUAUUGGGUUAACAACGUGAUGCUGCGUUAUGGAGAGAAAAAGGAACCACUGGACAUGACCCUCAUUGAUUUCCAGUUCUGCAGCUGGUCCUCGCCAGCAGUUGAUCUGCACUAUUUCUUUAAUUCGUCAGUGCAGAGCAAAAUUCGCUUCGAACGGCAGGACGAGCUGAUUCAGUAUUACCACUCAGUGCUGGUGGAAACACUCAAGGAUCUUAACUUUGCUGGAUACACUCCCACUUUGAGGCAGCUCAUUUUGCAGCUGGAAAAGGGAAGAUUCUUUGCUGUGACAGUUGCUUUGGUCAGCCAGGCUAUAAUGACCAAUGAUCAGAACGCCGAUGCCGAUUUUAAUGCCUUGAUGAAGGAUGACGAUCGGGGACGCAACUUCCGGAAACUGUUGUACACCAACAAGAACCUGCAAAACAAUCUUAAGUACGAGCUGCCACGCUUCGAUAGGAGUGGUCUUCUAGAUGUCACCGACUGAACAGACUCCACGUUUUACAAGUGAUUCUCUUGUAUUCUAACCCUGUACUAUAGAAUUAGAACUCAACAUAUGGAUAGCCAAAUAUUAAAUGUUUUAAUUUUAGACUACAAUUUUUUAAGCACUUUUGUUUAAGAAACACAAUCAUAAUUAAGUUUGUACCGGUACAUCAAAAUCAAAGCUUGCUUCUAAGAAAGACAGAUAAGCCGAGACAACAGAGCGUAUGCGUGAUAUCUAUAAAGCUGCAUAUAAACUUGUAUUCUGUGUUACUGUCAUAAAUAAAUAAAUAAGCACUUAGCUAACUUUGCACUUAUGAAUAGAAAAAUAUACCAUUUUGGAUCAAA